AUGUCAGUGCUUCUAUCCCUGAUCGCUCUCACCACCUCACCUCUUCAAUUCGACUACCUUCCCACACCACAACACGUCACCCAACUUCACCUAACUUCCGCCGCCAAAAAUCUCAGCCUACAAUUUCGCGAUGGUUUCCUUUACGCCGACGCGAUUCCCGUCUCGAAAUCGGUGGUCAACGAGAUGAUGACGGUGUCGAUGAAGUGUGUGUCGCCCGUCUCGUUACACUUUGCCACACCCUACGCCAAUUCGUUGGUGUAUUCGCCGACGUUGUGCCAGGCUGGCAAUUUGGGUGCGUUUUUUCGGGGAUUUUUUUGCGCUAAAAAUGAAGGUGCUGGCCGAGUUUUUGAUUUUUCUCGGGUUUCUAGGCCACCAGAAUCGUCUUCUUGGAUUUCUAGGCCACCAGAAUCGUCUUUCUGGGUUUCUAUAUCAUUUAGAGCUUCCAGCGUCAUGUUUUGGUUUCCUAGGCCACCAAGAGCUCAUUUUUGGUUUUCUAGGCCAUCAAAACCAUAUUUUUGGUUUUCUAGGCCAUCUCUUGGAUUUCUAGGCCACCAAAACUAUUAUUUUGGUUUUCUAGGCCAUAUCUUGGAUUUCUAGGCCACCAGAAUCGUCUUUUUGUCGUUUUUAAGCAAUUUUUGGUUUCCUAGGCCACCAAGAUUUGAUUUUUGGGUUUCUAGGCCACCAGAAUCGUCUUCUUGGCUUUCUAGGCCACCAGAACCAUAUUGUUGGUUUUCUAGGCCACCAGAAACUUCUUCUUGGUUUUCUAGGCCAUCAAGAGCUCAUUUUUGGGUUUCUAGGCCAUCAAAGCUGUUUUUUUUGGGUUUCUAGGCCACCAGAAUCAUAUUUGUGGUUUUCUAGGCCAUGUCUGGGAUUUCUAGGCCACCAAAACUAUAAUUUUGGGUUUUUAGGCGUUUUCUUGGGUUUAUAGGCCACCGAAAGUGCAUUUUUCGAUUCCUAGGCCAUGUUUUUGGAUUCCUAGGCCACCAAAACCAUAUUUUUGGUUUUCUAGGCCACCAAAGCUGUUUUUUUGUGUUUCUAGGCCACCAAAAGUUCAUUCUUCGAUUUCUAGAACAUUUUUGGGUUUCUAGGCCACCAAAACCAUAUUUUUGGGCUUCUAGGCCACCAAAACCAUAUUUUCUACCAUUUUUUUCCCAAAACAACAAAUAAUCCACAUAUUUUCCAUCAUCAUCUUCCAAAAAACUCUAUAAAUAUACAUACUUAUUUUUUGCCCCGCGAAUUUUUCUUCUCGUCUUUUAUGCUCUUUUUUUUUUCGCUUCGCUCUAUCCAUCAAUUGUUUAUGUUCACUUGUGAAAGUCGUCCAAAAAUGGCCAACUUUUUGCUCCACCAAAAAAUACACAUAUUAUUAUUACGAUGGAAGGAGCAAAAAAUAACAAAUCAAAUUCAAAUUCAAAAAAAAAAAAAAUAAAACAAAUUUUCUCGACCCCAUGGGGGAUUGAACCAGCGACCUGCUGUCUGCAAAUUCAACGCGCUAACCACUCGCACACGCGUGCACGCGGGUCGCUGCGCUUGAAUUGCACUUUUAUAUUCGAAAUUUUUUUUAAAUUUUUGCAGCGCUCUCCAUCGACGACUCUCAAAUCCACGGUUGCAUUUUCGACGUGUCGCAAAAUGCGAAAAUUCUCGCCGAAAGAGUUUGCGGGUAAGUGUCUCUUCAUCUUAUUUAUGAGCCAAUUAGCGGUCACUUUUUCCCCAUCUGCACUCUCUCAUUUCUCCGUGCUCUCUAGCAGUAGCUCCUGGAAAAAGUGUUAUUUUUAUGUAUUUUAUUUAUGAUAUCAAAAAGUAUAUAUAUUAUUACAAUGUGGUUUUGUGACAUGUGGGAAAAAUUUGCGGUGACACAAAAUUGAGGGACUAGGGGUUUUCUAGGCCACCAUUUUUCCAGCCACGACUCGAAAAACGCCACCAAAAACGCCGAAAAAGGACCAAUCUACGUGGCAGAACCCCUAGAAGUGAGAUUUUUCCAGAAAAUCCUCUGAAAAUCUGGAAAUUUUUCAGCUUAACGAAGGUGGGUCGAUUCCGAUUCAGUGGAAAAAUGUGUAUUUUAUGGCGAGCUCGGAAAUGGAGCAAAAACUAUCGCAUGACAGGAUAUUUUUCACGGUAAGUUGGGAUUUUUCGCGGGAAAACAUCGAAAAUUUCCGUUGUAGAUCACAGAAUCGGCGCGUCACGGUGAAAUUCGGGUUGAUGACGUCAUCACCUCAUCAUUUACGUACGCUCAACUUUUAGCGAGACGUGUAAUUUAUCGGCAUGACGGUUCGGAAACUCGUGAAGAUCGGCUCGGCGUUCUUUGUGAGCUUGGGACAUCGGAGCAACCCAAAUCGUACACGCUGAAGAUCAAGAUCAAUGGCGUCAACGAUGCUCCGCGUUUACAGCGAGUUGGCGAGGAGAAAUUGUUGAUUGCGUCGAAGGGUGCGAGAAUUUUGACACCGGACAUUUUGAGGGUCACUGAUUCGGAUGAUAGACCUGAGAGGGUUAAAAUUCAGGUGGGAAAUUUGGAAUUUUUCGAUGAUUUUUAAGAUUUUUGAAACAAAAACUCACUUUCAAAUCGAAAUUUCUGCCCAAAAUCCACGAAAAACAUAAAAAAACCAAAAAAAAAAAAUUCUUUUUCAAAUAAAAAAGUUGGCGCGCUUGGGUCUCGCAACGAACACACACGCGCCUUUAAUUUGCACCGUACUAUUUUUUUAUUUUUUCUUUUUUUUUCGAAAAGAAAAACACUUUUUUUUUUCAUUUUUUUGAAAAAAAAAGGAGAAAAACGUGAAAGGUCAAACUAGAGUAUAGUCUUACUCUUAUGCAAAACAAUAUAAUAACUGUUUAUCUCUCUCUUUCUCUAACUCUCUCACUUUUCUUCACUGCCCCUAGCUGAUAUUCGAAAAAACAAGGCGUCUUUUUUAUAAUUUUCUCCAUUUUUAAAUUAUUUUCAUGAAAUUUUUUGAACUUUUUUGAUUUUCAAUUGAAAUUUCCUAAUUUUUGAACAAAAAACUCACUUUUCUUCCUCAAAAUUCAGCCAAAAUAGAAAAAUAAUAGAAAAAAAAAAGUGUUUUUUAUAAAAAAUCGAUUUCUCGUUUUCAAAUAAAAAAGUUGGCGCGCUUGGGUCUCGCAACGAUGCAACACUUUUACACAUGCGCCUUUAGUUUCAACCGUACCUUUUAAUUUAUUUAUUAUUUUUUUUUUUUUAAAAAAAUUUUGCUUUUCGAAAAAAAAAGAAAAAACGUGGGAAUUUAGUUAUUUCAAAAAUAAAAUUUCUGCAGGUCGUUGAGGCGCACGGUGUACACCUGGAACUCCAGCAAUCCUCGCAAAAAAUCUCCGAAUUCACCUGGAAACAAAUCAUCGACGAAGUUGUGAGUAUCGUAGACGAUGGUGUGACGGACAUGGGACGGGUUCGGCUAAUCGCCAGAGAUGGCGAAAGUCGAAGUCAAGUUGUGGUGCUCGAAACACAAUCCACAAAAGUGGAUGUGAAAUUGGUGGCGAAUACGGGCGUCCGAUUAUUGCAUCAUAGUAGUGUGGUGAUUACGGCGAGGUUGGUGCUUUUUUUUUUGAAAUUUUUGGCGCGAAUAUAUGAAAUUCAAAUUUUUUUUCAGAAAUCUCUCAUUCGAGGCUUCAAUCAAAGAUAUGACUGUCAGUUAUCGAAUUGUUGAUUUGCCUGACACUGGAAUUGUUGAAUGUGUUGAUCCGAAUAGCGAUGAGUUCACGAUGUGUACGAUGUUCACACAGAUUCAGGUGAACAGCGAUUUUUGAGAGAAAUUCUGCAUUUUUUGCACUAGAGUCUAGUUUUCCAGGCUUCAGAAUUCCAGAGAAUUCGAAAUCAAUAAUUUUUAAGAUCAGAAAUUCCACGUGGAUUUUUAGCGCUAAAAUUUCAAAAUUUGAAAAAAUAAUUUUCAGAAAUUCCACGUGGAUUUUUAGCGCUAAAAUUUCAAAAUUUAAAAAAAAUAUAUUUUUGGAUUAGAAAUUCCACGUGGAUUUUUAGCGCCAAAAUUUCAAAAUUUGAAAAAAUAAUUUUUUAAGAUCAGAAAUUCCACGUGGAUUUUUAGCGCUGAAAUUUCAAAAUUUGAAAAAAUAAUUUUUUAAGUUCAGAAAUUCCACGUGGAUUUUUGGAGCAAAAUUUGAGAUUUCAAAAAAAAAAUUUUGGAUUAGAAAUUCCACGUGGAUUUUUAGCGCAAAAAUUUCAAAAUUUGAAAAAAAAAAUAUUUUAAGAACAGAAAUUCCACGUGGAUUUUUAGCGCCAAAAUUUCAAAAAUUGAAAAAUGAGUCUAGUUUUCUAGGCUUCAAACCCUAUUUCAUAAAAUUAAAAAAAGCAAAAUCAAAUUUUUCUUUCGAAAUUCGGGCUGCAGAAUUCCAGACUAGAGUCUAGUUUCUGAAAUUCUUUAAACCUUCAGACUUCCCCCUAACUCCUAGAAAUUUCAGAUCUCCGAAGAGCAAGUCCGUUUCCGCCACACAUCACCAACUCCCAGCUCAUCUUCAACUCUCUCCGAUCAAUUCAGUUUCCAAGUUGAAGCCGGCGAAUUUGCCUCAACAAUGCACGUAUUCCGCAUCGAUUUCAUUCCAAUGAACAUCAAAGUCUUCACCAGAGAACCUUUUGUUCUUAAUGCCACCGAACUUCAAAUCAUAACCCGACAGAAUUUAUUCGCCUGGACAUUUCCCAAAAGUUUCUCCGCUCAUAAUUUGAUUUUUCAUAUCGAUGAACCGCCAAAACUUGGCACCCUGUCUAGAAAAAUCGAUAAAAUUGCGGGGAAAAUGCGGAGAAUUGGAGUGGGCUCGAAUUUCACGCAACAAGAUUUGGAUCAGGAUUUGAUUUCGUAUAAGUUACACUAUCAACAAUAUUCGAUUGUUAAUGAUUUUUUUGUUUUUCGUGUGGUUUCGCCUGCGGUUUCUUCGGCUCUCAUGCGAUUUGAUGUGAGUUUUUUGGUGAAAUUUUGAAGUUUUUGGUGAAAAUUUGAAGUUUUUGGUGAAAUUUUGAAAUUUUUGGUAAAAUUUUGAAGUUUUUGGUGAAAUUUUGAAGAUUUUGGUGAAAUUUUGAAGAUUUUUGACCCUAGAAAGCGAAAAUCCACGUGGAAUUUCUAAUCCAAAAUUUUUUUCCUGAAAUUUUGAAAUUUUAGCGCUAAAAAUCCAUGUGGAAUUUCUAAUCCAAAUUUUUUGUUUUUUUGAAAUCUCAAAUUUUGCUCCAAAAAUCCACGUGGAAUUUGUGAUCCAAAAAAAAAAUUAUUUUUUCAAAUUUUGAAAUUUUAGCGCUAAAAAUCCAUGUGGAAUUUCUAAUCCAAAUUUUUUGUUUUUUUUUGAAAUCUCAAAUUUUGCUCCAAAAAUCCACGUGGAAUUUGUGAUCCAAAAAAAAUUAUUUUUUCAAAUUUUGAAAUUUUAGCGCUAAAAAUCCACGUGGAAUUUCUAAUCCAAAUUUUUUGUUUUUUUUUUUAGAAAUCUCAAAUUUUGCUCCAAAAAUCCACGUGGAAUUUGUGAUCCAAAAAAAUUAUUUUUUCAAAUUUUGAAAUUUUAGCGCUAAAAAUCCACGUGGAAUUUCUAAUCCAAAUUUUUUGUUUUUUUUUUAGAAAUCUCAAAUUUUGCUCCAAAAAUCCACGUGGAAUUUGUGAUCCAAAAAAAAAAAUUAUUUUUUCAAAUUUUGAAAUUUUAGCGCUAAAAAUCCACGUGGAAUUUCUGAUCUUCAAAAAAUUUUUUUUUUGAAAUCUCAAAUUUUGCUCAAAAAAAAUCCACGUGGAAUUUCUGAUCCAAAAUUUUUUUUUUGAAAUCUCAAAUUUUGCUCCAAAAAUCCACGUGGAAUUUCUGAUCUUCAAAAAAUUAUUUUUUUCAAAUUUUGAAAUUUUAGCGCUAAAAAUCCACGUGGAAUUUCUGAAAAUUAUUUUUUUGAAAUCUCAAAUUUUGCUCCAGAAAUCCACGUGGAAUUUCUGAUCCAAAAAUAUUAUUUUUUUUAAUUUUGAAAUUUUAGCGCUAAAAAUCCACGUGGAAUUUCUAAUCCAAAAAUGUUUUUUUUUUUUGAAAUUUUGAAAUCUCAAAUUUUGCUCCAAAAAUCCACGUGGAAUUUCUGAUCUUCAAAAAAUUAUUUUUUCAAAUUUUGAAAUUUUAGCGCCAAAAAUCCACGUGGAAUUUCUGUUCUUAAAAAAUUAUUUUUUCAAAUUUUUAAAUUUUAGCGCUAAAAAUCCACGUGGAAUUUCUAAUCCAAAAAUGUUUUUUUUUUUUUUUGAAAUUUUGAAAUCUCAAAUUUUGCUCCAAAAAUCCACGUGGAAUUUCUGAUCUUCAAAAAAAUUAUUUUUUUCAAAUUUUGAAAUUUUAGCGCCAAAAAUCCACGUGGAAUUUCUGUUCUUAAAAAAUUAUUUUUUCAAAUUUUGAAAUUUUAGCGCUAAAAAUCCACGUGGAAUUUCUGUUCUUAAAAAAUUAUUUUUUCAAAUUUUGAAAUUUUAGCGCCAAAAAUCCACGUGGAAUUUCUGUUCUUAAAAAAUUAUUUUUUUCAAAUUUUGAAAUUUUAGCGCUAAAAAUCCACGUGGAAUUUCUAAUCCAAAAAUGUUUUUUUUUUUGAAAUUUUGAAAUCUCAAAUUUUGCUCCAAAAAUCCACGUGGAAUUUCUGAUCUUCAAAAAAUUAUUUUUUCAAAUUUUGAAAUUUUAGCGCCAAAAAUCCACGUGGAAUUUCUGUUCUUAAAAAAUUAUUUUUUCAAAUUUUUAAAUUUUAGCGCUAAAAAUCCACGUGGAAUUUCUUUUUUUUUUGAAUUUUGAAAUUUUAGCGCUAAAAAUCCACGUGGAAUUUCUUUUUUUUUGAAUUUUGAAAUUUUACCGCUAAAAAUCCACGCGGAAUUUCUAAUCCAAAAAAAAAUAUUUUUUCAAAUUUUGAAAUUUUACCGCUAAAAAUCCACGUGGAAUUUCUGAUCUUAAAAAAAUUAUUUUUUGAAAUUUUAAAAUUUUACCGCUAAAAAUCCACGUGGAAUUUCUGAUUUUAAAAAAUUAUUUUUCAAAUUUUGAAAUUUUAGCGCUAAAAAUCCACGUGGAAUUUCUGAUCUUAAAAAAUUAUUUUUUCAAAUUUUGAAAAAAAAAAUUUUUUUUUUGAAAUCUUAAAUUUUUCUCCAAAAAUCCCCCGAAUUUUUAUCGAACUUAUCAACGAAAAAUAAUUUCAAAAAAAUUUCAAAAAAAUUUUUAAUGAAAAUUCUGAAACGUAUUUUUUUGGAAUUUCUCAUGUUUUCCAGGCUCAAAUUUUCAGCCUCAACCCAAUUUUUCAGUCUAGAAAUCUCAAAUUCCAGCCAUUUUCAGCCUUUUUCCAGAUUGUCUAUGUUCCAAAAGCAUCUUCGGUUAGACUUGUCAACAAAACCAUUGUGGUCAAAGAAGGCGAAUCGGCUUCGGUGAGUUUUUUGCUCUUUCUUUCUCUGCGUCUCUCAUUUUCCCACACUCUCUCUCUCUUUAGCUCAAAUUUUAUUAA